AGAACAAGAGGAAGAACUUAGAUUUACGAGGGCACCUGAAGGCGUCAUAGUUCCACCCCUGCUGGGCUGGCAGAAAGCUAAUCUACAGCCACAUACCGACACACAGAUACUGUACUUACUUUACAAGCUGCCAAGUCAAUCUGUCAGCAGCGGAGGAGGAAAACAUAUGUGACUUUUUUUCCACGCGUAAUUUCAUUUUUAAGAAGUCACAGCGGCGUCAUUAGCAGGCUAAGCUAGAAGGAAGAGCUAACGACAGUUGGCUGAAACUCCUGCUCCGUUGAAGACCUCCCACUACAGGCUGCUGGACUUCACAGAUCCAGCUAUGUGAGCUGCUCUGAUGUGUGGUUUUGUAAAUCCAUACAGUGCCCGGUUAAGACAGCUUUUAAGCUGGUCUAGAGGACUUCACUAUUACUGUGACGUGAACAUCCAGCAGACUUGAAGCUGAUUCUGCUGGAAAAGUUGUAUGCUGGCCUGGAUUGUAGCUUAACUCGAGAGCAGCCGCCCUCCCCCUCCACUCCCUCGGCUCCCCCUGUAGGACAACUAUGCCUCUGGGUUUGGGAAGACGGAAGAAGGCGUCCCCGUUAGUCGAGAACGAGGAAGCGGAGCCUAUCCGCGCCGGUCUCAAUGUGCCAGGUAUGGAUGGCCUAGAUGGAGGUGUGGUCGGGCUGGGUGAAGGCGCCACCUCUGAAGGUCUGCCUCCUCCACCUAGCAGCAUGCGACCUCGUCUCAUCUUCCACACCCAGCUCGCUCACGGCAGCCCCACAGGCCGCAUCGAGGGCUUCAGUAACGUGCGGGAGCUCUAUGCCAAGAUUGGUGAAGCCUUUGGGAUCCCGCCGGCUGAGGUUAUGUUUUGCACACUGAACACUCACAAGGUGGACAUGGAUAAACUAUUGGGAGGUCAGAUUGGGCUAGAGGACUUUAUUUUUGCCCACAUUAAAGGUCAACGAAAGGAAAUCGAAGUGUUCAAAGGGGAGGAUGCACUAGGGUUGACGAUCACUGAUAAUGGAGCUGGCUAUGCUUUCAUCAAGAGAAUCCGAGAGGGGAGCGUCAUCCACCAGAUCCAGGUCAUCAAUGUGGGCGACAUGAUCGAGUCGAUCAACGGCCACCGCUUGAUUGGCUGCCGACACUACGAGGUGGCCAAGAUGCUGAAGGAGCUGCCAAAAGGGAAGGAGUUCACCAUCAAGCUGGUGGAGCCUCUCAAAGCCUUCGAUAUGAUCAGCCAGCGGUCUGGAGGAUCCAGGUCAGCAUCAGGGGUUCAGCUGGGGACCGGCAGGGGAACUCUGCGGCUGCGCUCCAAAGGUCCUGCUACUGUGGAGGAACUGCCUUCUGCAUUUGAGGAAAAGGCCAUUGAGAAGGUGGAUGACCUGCUUGAGAGCUACAUGGGUAUCAGAGACAGCGAGCUGGCGGCUACCAUGGUGGAGCUGGGAAAGGACAAAAAGAACCCUGAUGAGUUUGCCGAGGCUUUAGAUGAAACCCUGGGAGACUUUGCCUUCCCAGAUGAAUUUGUUUUUGAUGUCUGGGGAGCCAUUGGCGACGCUAAGGUCGGGCGGGUGUAACCACAGAAACUAAUAGAGGAGAACAACCUGUUUGUGUGUGUGUGUGUGUGUGUGUGUGUCACCCACGACAUUUGGCACUACUAGAAAAAACUACACUACCGUCAUGAGUUUGUUUUUAUUCUCGUGUAUACUCCAACUAUUUUUAAUUUAGUUUUGGGAGACUCUGCCUCGACAAAGAGGAUAUUGCCUGUGGGAGGAUAUUGUCAAUGGGAGAAGAAGUUGACUGUGAUGACUUCCCAAGUGCUUUUAUGUGUCUUCCGGCAUUUUCCAGAAACUACAAGCACGCUGAUGAGCAUUCCCUUUGAACCUGCAUGUCAUUAUUGUAGAAACUGGCAGUGCAACAAGUUCAGCACAAGUCUCUUAAUAUGGGAGAAAUGAAAGAAAUGCUAACACAAAGUAGGCAUAAAAAAUGUGAUUUUUUUUUUUUUCUUUUUCCACAUUGCACCGUGUUGCACUGCGCUGUUAAAACCAACAACAAAAGUGAACAGAGAUUGCACUGUACCGAGUUGAGCGGCACAGUAAUUGCACAGUACAAGACAUUCGCCUCAGCUUCAGCCUCCCUGAAAUACAGUGAACCACUCGAUGUUACUGUUAUGUUUUACAAGCAUGUGCUGUUAUAUUUUUAUCUUCAUAAUGAAUUCUGCUGGUUUUAUGUUCUUUUUUUUUUUUGUAAAAGAUAAAAAAUUGGGAUUGCAAAAGGGUCAUAGUAAAGUGUAGCUUGCUGACUAAAAGGUCAGUGGUGUUUGUUCACUGUUAAAAUACUCCAUGCUGUAAUGAAGCAGCACAUUCCAGUUUUACUUUCAUACAUUAAGACAGUGUUAAAGAAAAUCAGUGUUAAUUUAGCUUUUUACUGAAGGUCAUUAUAUGAGAGUGAGAAGCAGAUUGGCUUCCAGGUUUGUGGAUUGUGUUGACUUUUUAUUUUUUAUAGCUAGUGUUUUUAUAUAAAGUGAUGUGAUGUCUACUUUAAAAAAAAAAAAAAGGUUUGUGUAACAGAUGAAGAAUGAUCUUGUGUUGCGACUACUUUAUUGUUUUGAAGCAUUACAGAGACAAGUGUUAAAGAAGAGAAGAAGUCAUGAGAUGGAGUAGUUGUGUAAAAAAAAAAAAAAAAGGAUCUGUUAAGAACAAAAUGCCUUUAUUUCUUCUCAUUUCAUGCAUUUUAUACAUUUCUGUUAGAAGUAUGCAUUCUGGUCCAUGGUGCUUUAAAAAUGAAGUAUACUGUCAUUGAAGCAGAAUGAUACCAAACUACUUCCAUCAUGUGUCACUGACAUCGUGACUUGUGUUGUUCAUAGAGAGGAAAAAACGGGCAAUGUUGAAUUUUCCAAGAUGCACCAACUACUCCGCGUAGGUAAACAUGUCUUAAAAAAAAAAACUUUAGGUGUUAACCUUUUCAGUAUAUCCAAAUGUAUGAAGCUAUUUUGUAGUAAGUUUUUGUUUCAUUCUUCAGAGUUAAUGUAUAUCUAAAAGGAUUAUGUAAUGAAACUGACGCUAGAACACUGUAACACUGAGAAGAACACGUUAUUUUGAUGGCUUUGUAUCACACUGUUGUCAUUGUCCAAUUAUAAUGCAAUAAUAACAUUGACAUGGCAGUUUU